AUGAGGGGACAUUUUUCUAUCGAGUGGAUGGCUCAGAGCAGCCAGCCGGCGGGGACCGAGACCGGCUCGGCCUCCGGACCCGAGACCUGUGGGACACAUUCAGAGAGUCUGCCGGGUUUUUACUGCAGGCAGAAGUCUGAAAAUGUCCCAGAACAGGAAGAAACCAGGAGCCAGAACCGGGACGCCUUCAGCCCGAGCUCCCUGCAGCACCAGACCCCCCACAGUAAUCCAGUGACUGAGGCGGGCUUCAGCAGCGGGACGGAGGAGGAGACCUCCGGGUACGAGAGCGAAGGCAGUCGCUCCCUCUCACCCUCGACCCUCGCGGACUGUGCCUCCACCCCUCCGGCGUCCCCCCUGUUGGGGAGGAGACCCCGUACGGCGUUCACGGCAGAGCAGAUCAGCAGCAUGGAGAGGGCCUUCAAGAGGAACGCCUACCUGGGAACGCAAGACAAAGCCGAGCUCUGCAAGAAGCUCAACCUGUCGGACAAACAGAUCAGAAACUGGUUCCAGAACCGGCGGAUGAAGCUGAAGAGGACGGUGCAGGACGCCCUCGCUCACGCCUGCCAGGCCAACGUCGCCUCCCAGCUGCUGCAUUACCCCGAGCUGCAGGCCUACAGACCGGCUCCGUACCCCAGGUAUCACUCAGCAGGAGCCCCGGAGGGCCCGGCUGCAGCCUCCUACGUCCACCCACACAGCCUCCAGUACAGCUCCUCUCUGCCCCUGGACUCCUUCUACCAGUACAACAACCUCCCAGGAGUCAUGCUGCCCUCGGCCUCCGCUCAGCUCAUGGGCUCCUACCCGACCUACCCUCAGUUUUACUGAGCCUUCGGUCACUGCAGCUACUUUUAAUACUUUCAUAUUUUGUCAGACAAAAUGCGAUUUUAUUUCCUGAACAUAAAAAUGUUCCUGCGUUAUCCUAAUAGGAUGGAAACAGUUCCUCGUGUGCAAUAUUGUGAUAAGUGUUUGUAUCUCUGCUUGUAACGGAUGUAUAGUUUGGAUAUAUUUAAAUUUGAAUCUAUGAAGUGUUUUAUUAGAUUUUUGUUGUUAUGUAACUGUGAAAUCAAACUGCUAAAAUAAACUCAUUAUUAAAACUUUA